AUGCAUUUACAGACUUUAUUAAUUGUGUUUUUAUUAUCACUGGCGUAUGGGCAAGAUAGACAAUUAAUAUCUAAACUAAAUCCAGGCUGUCCAAACUGUGAUUCCUCUUACACGUUAGUAUACACAAGAGCAGAAGGACAAGAUGACACCAUACACCAGAUUUGGGACUUCACAAGAGGUGUGCCAUCUGUCAUAUAUGCAGUUGGAACUGUCAACUCCACCAUGACUAUUGCAUGGAAUAGAAGGGAACCGGAAAAUUUCACAUUUACGGAAUCUGUUAAAUACAGUUUUGCAGCUGCUAUUGACAAACUUUAUGAAUACGAAGACUGUCAGGAUGUUGGUCACAUAGAUGACAGAUGUCCUCGGAGGGCGUUGCCGCUAAGGGACGUGGGAUGGGCAUUAAACGCCAGCAUCCUGACUAGUGACGAAGUCAUGAUAACGAUGCAUGGGUUCUACAAAGACCGUAGGAGAUCCGGUUUAAUACACAUGAAGCUGGAUCUGCUGCCGUUCACCGACUACGCAGUAGACCUACCCCGCCUUAUACACACAGCUAACUCCUCGCUAAUAGACAUCAGCCUGGUGAACUUCACGACCAGUAUGAACGCGUCCAGGUACGCGAUACACUUCCUGAUGGUCAGCACUGACAACUGGAAUGAUGUGAUGAACUAUACAAUGAGGAAGAGUCUUGAUGAUGAGCAUACGCCUGGAGUUUUUGAGAUAAUAGAGGUAAAGACACCGAAAUCUCGUACUUCGGGAGCUGGUGGGUUCAUGCAGUUCCGACCAGUCGGGUACACGGAGCAAGAGCGUAGUGUCUCGUCCUCCACCAACGCUUACAUAUCUCCGAUAACCAGAAAGCCAUUGCCUAACAACAUGACAACAUUAGGACGGUUUUACAAAGACUACGAACCUGUAGAACUGUUGGCGCAGCAGAUGUUCAUCUCAUUCGGCCUCCCUGGGGAUGGGUACUACAAACAGCGCAAUUUUACUUCCUGGUCAUUCACCUUCGGCUACGGGUCACCACCAGUGGAAAGUGUAUCCCUCUUUGUAAUCAUCAUCAUCUCUAUCGGGUUGGGAGUGCCCGUGCUGCUCGCCCUCUCAGGGGUCACGUUCGUGCUGGUCAGGCGGUACAGGCAGAGGAGGAACCUGCCGGAGAGGUUUAUUGAUGAUGAGUAG